CUGCUCCCGGCUCCCCCACGGUACUCCAGCCGCUAGCCUGCGAUUCCGCCAGUACGCCACCACCACCGAGCCUGGACUACCGCCGCCGCCCUUCGCCGAUAUCUUCAGCGGCGAACAGCGCCCACCAGAUCCCGCCCCUGCGAUGGAGUCCGUGGUGAACCCGAAGGCAUACCCGCUGGCUGAUGCGCAGCUGACGAUGGGUAUCCUCGAUAUCAUCCAGCAGGCCGCCAACUACAAACAGCUUAAGAAGGGAGCGAAUGAAGCGACGAAGACCCUGAAUAGGGGCAUAUCGGAGUUUGUAGUGAUGGCGGCGGACACAGAGCCUCUCGAGAUCCUGCUCCACCUCCCCUUGUUAGCUGAGGAUAAGAACGUGCCAUAUGUGUUUGUUCCAUCGAAGCAAGCUCUUGGCCGUGCUUGUGGUGUGACAAGACCGGUUAUUGCUUGCUCAGUGACCAGUAAUGAGGGUAGCCAGCUGAAACUACAGAUACAGGGUCUCAAGGACUCCAUUGAGAAGCUUCUCAUCUGAUCUGCCGAAGACCUUUCAGUGUGAUGGGCCUCAUCGACACUUUUUUCAGAGGCUUGGACUGGUGAUGGUGUCUUGUUUACUUUGCGCUUUUCAAACUAUAUUUGAACACUGUUAAGUCGAUCAUACUUGAAUUGUACUGCAUCUUAUGUUUGUGAUUGUCAUGUAAUCUGAAGAUGCCUCUGUAUUGUGGUGGCUUGUUUC